AUGAUUUCGGCAUUCUUCAUCUUCAACCAGAAGGGCGAGGUGCUCAUCUCCCGCCUCUUCCGCGCAGACUUAAAACGCUCGAUAGCGGACGUGUUCCGCAUCCAGGUCAUCUCGAACCCGGACAUCCGAUCCCCGAUCAUCACCCUCGGCUCGACCUCGUUCUUCCAUGUUCGCCUCAACAACAUAUUCGUGGUCGGCGUGACCAAGUGCAAUGCGUCGGCGGCACUCGUGUUCGAGUUCCUGUACCGCUUUAUCACGGUCUCGCGCAGCUACUUUGGCAAGCUGGACGAAGAGAGUGUCAAGAACAACUUUGUGUUAAUCUACGAACUGCUCGAUGAGAUCCUCGACUUUGGGUAUCCGCAGAACUCGGAGAUCGACACGCUCAAGAUGUACAUUACGACCGAGGGCAUCAAAUCGGAGCUGGCCGUUCGCGAGGACUCGGCCAAGAUCACGAUCCAGGCAACGGGUGCGACGUCAUGGCGCCGCGCCGACGUAAAGUACCGCAAGAACGAGGCGUUUGUCGACGUCAUCGAGACGGUCAACAUGUUGAUGAGCAAGGACGGUGCGGUGCUGCGCGCCGACGUCGACGGGCAGAUCCUCAUGCGCGCGUACCUCAGCGGCAUGCCCGAGUGCAAGUUUGGACUCAACGACAAGCUCGUGCUCGCCAAACAUGGCGACAAUUCUGUGGCCAAGAUGGACAAUGCUGUCGAACUCGACGACUGCCAGUUCCACCAGUGCGUGCGGCUUGGCAAGUUUGACACGGACCGCUCGAUCAGCUUCAUUCCCCCCGACGGCGAGUUUGAGCUCAUGCGCUACCGUUCCACUAGCAACAUCAACCUUCCCUUCCGAUUACAGACCCACGUUACCGAGCCCACAAAGAGCCGCGUCGAGUACACGAUCCACCUCAAGGCCGCGUUUGACCACAAGCUCAACGCCAACAAUGUCGUGCUCCGCAUCCCCACGCCACUCAACACGACCAAGGCCGAGGUCAAGGUCGGCGUCGGCAAGGCGAAAUACGUCCCGGCCGACAACGUCAUUGUCUGGAAGAUCCCAAGGAUACAGGGGCAGCAGGAGUGCACACUCACGGCUGAGGCCGCUCUCGCGAUGACGACCCACCGCCAGCCAUGGUCACGGCCACCCAUCGAGGUUGACUUCUCUGUCGUCAUGUACACAGCCUCGGGCCUUCUCGUUCGCUACCUCAAGGUCUUCGACAAGUCAGGAGCCAACUCUACCAAAUGGGUGCGAUACCUCACAAAGGCCAACGGAACUUACCAGAUUCGGUUCUGA